CAAUCAAACAUAAAUGUUGAUCCAAAAUUCCCAACUCAAAACUUAGAAAAAUUCAACAAUUAAAUUUUUUCAAAUUCAAUGAGUGAAGAAGGUAAAGAGAGUCAUCAUCACCACCACUUCCUACACCAUCACCACCACGGAGAACACCAUCACCACCACGGAGAACACCAACCGGAGGCGGUGGCGGUACCGGUGCCGCCACCGGAGUAUGGAACUUUUCAAGCAUCUUCUCAACCGGUGAUGGGAUUUCCUCAGCCAGUUCCGCCUCCUGGCGCUAUGGGAGCACCUACGCCUGAAUACUAUGCUCAUGGUUAUCAGGCUGUUCCAGGUUAUACUGCUCCUGAUCCUGAAGGAAGACCCGAGAGACAUCAUCGCCUUCCUUGCUGUGGCAUUGGUCUCGGAUGGUUCUUGUUCAUUAUUGGUUUCCUUCUUGCUGGCAUCCCUUGGUACCUAGCUGCAUUUGUCCUUCUUUGUGCACAAAUUGAUCCUCGAGAGAAACCAGGAUACAUCGUGUCCACCAUUGCUGCUGUUCUUGCUACUUUUGUCCUCGUAUUUGGUUUGUCGAAGGAUUGACUGGAGAGUGGUGAUCAAUCUGUGUGUAUUCAUAUCGGAACCUUAUCUGGCUUUGCUUAAUUUGCAUUCUUUUCAGUAAAAAUUCCAUAUCUUUGAUUCCUUCUUGUAUUCUUAAGAUCUGCUUGUGAAUAGUAAUAUGUGCUUUUAAGAGUAUAUGCGUAAGUAUUACAUUGCUGUGUUCUGUGGUGAGCGGAGUUAUAUGCUCGUGGAAGUAGCAUGUAUCCGAUAUAAUAGUCGAUGUAACUGCAAGUUGAUCACUAUUUUGACUAUAUAAAAUGUGUUUGUUUUGUACAAA